AUGGAGAAUAGCACAGAAGCAACAGAGUUCAUCCUCUUGGGAUUAACAGAUGAUCCCAAUCUUCAGGUUCCCCUCCUCCUGAUAUUUUUGUUCAUCUACCUCAUCACUCUGGUUGGGAAUGGGGGGAUGAUAGUGAUCACCUACUCCGACUCCCACCUCCACACUCCAAUGUACUUCUUCCUCAGUAACCUCUCCUUUGUAGACUUGGGUUACUCAUCAGCUGUAGCUCCCAAGAUGGUGGCUGCAUUGCAGUCAGGGAACAAAGUCAUCUCUUUCAACGGAUGUGCUGCUCAGUUCUUCUUCUUUGUGGGUUUUGCCACAGCUGAGUGCUAUCUCCUGGCUUCCAUGGCUUAUGACCGCCAUGCAGGGGUAUGUAGGCCUCUUCAUUACACCACCACCAUGACGGCAGGUGUGUGUGCCCGCCUAACUAUUGGCUCCUAUGUCUUUGGCUUUCUCAAUUCCUCCAUCCAUGCAGCAGACACCUUCCGACUCUCCUUUUGUGGUUCUAAUGAGAUUCAUCAUUUUUUCUGUGACAUCCCACCACUCUUGGCCCUCUCAUGCUCUGACACACGCAUCAGCAAGUUGGUUGUCUUCUUUGUCGUGAGCUUCAAUGUCUUUUUCAGCCUCCUGGUCAUCCUCAUCUCUUACCUCUUCAUAUACAUUGCCAUUCAAAGGAUGCGUUCAGUUGAAGGGCGGAAGAAAGCCUUCUCCACUUGUGCUUCCCACCUCACUGCGGUCUCCAUCUUCUAUGGCACAAUAAUCUUCAUGUACCUGCACCCCAGCUCUGGUCAGUCCAUGGACACAGACAAAAUAGCAUCUGUGUUUUACACUGUGGUGAUUCCGAUGCUGAACCCCUUGAUCUACAGCCUUAGGAACAAAGAAGUGAAAAGUGCUCUCUGGAAAAUACUCAACAAAUUUUACCCCUGAUCUUUAAGACUGAGUAGGAAGUAGACAGAUGACUAAGAGAAAAACCUUCUCUCAGACCUAAGUGCCUCCGUGACCACUGAGGUUUGGCAGAUUUCAGUUCUCUCUUCCCCAAGAAUGGUAGUUACUUCUGCUAGAAGGAAAGGCCAUA